AUGGCCCUGAGCCGCAGCCAGCGCCGCGCCAAGAAAACGUCCCCGCGGUGCUACAGGCUGGAGACGUGGGGCCUGGGCGCCGCGGGGCUGCUGGGGCUCUGCUACCUGCUGUGCCGCGACGAGUGGCUCCGGCCGAGCGCGGCCCCCCGGCCCAGCCCCAGCCCCAGCGCCGUCGCCGGCCUGCCGGCCCCCUCGCCCGAGCCGCCGGCCCCCUGCCCCCCCAGCCCCUCGGUGCACAACAUCUCCGGCUUCGCAGCGCUGCCCAGCCACGUGCAGGACUUCCUGCGCUACCGGCACUGCCGGGCUUUCCGCCCGCUGCUCGACGCGCCGGGCAAGUGCGGGGGGCCGGGGCGCUCCGCCGGCGUCUUCCUCCUCCUGGCCAUCAAGUCCUCGCCGGAGAACUACGAGCGGCGGGAGGUGAUCCGCAAGACGUGGGGGCAGGAGCGCAGCGUGGCGGGGGCCCGCGUCCGCCGCCUCUUCCUCUGCGGCGUGGCCCCCGGCGCUGCCAGCGCCAAGCUCGACCGGCUGCUGCGGCUGGAGCAGCGGGAGCACGGCGACGUGCUGCAGUGGGACUUCAGGGACACCUUCUUCAACCUGACGCUGAAGCAGGUGCUCUUCCACGCCUGGCUGCAGCAGAGCUGCCCCGGCGCCCGCUUCGUCUUCAACGGCGACGACGACGUCUUCGUCAACACGGACAACGUGGUCCGCUUCGCGCUGGGCGCGGGGGCCGCCGCCGACGGGCACCUCUUCGUGGGCCACCUCAUCGCCAACGUGGGCCCCAUCCGCAGCAGGGGCAGCAAGUACUACGUGCCGCCGCAGGUGACGGCCGCCGAGCGCUACCCGCCCUACUGCGGCGGCGGCGGCGUGCUCAUGUCCGGCUUCACCGCCCGCGCCAUCGCCCGGCAGGCGCCCGCCGUCGAGCUCUUCCCCAUCGACGACGUCUACCUGGGCAUGUGCCUGGAGAAGGCGGGGCUGGCGCCGGCCUCGCACGCCGGCAUCCGCACGCUGGGCAUCCGCGUGCCCCCCCCGGCCGAGCCCUUCGACCCCUGCUACUACCGGGAGCUGCUGCUGGUGCACCGCUCGGUGCCCUACGAGACGGCGCUCAUGUGGCAGGCCAUCCGCCAGCCCCGGCUGCGCUGCGGCAGGAGGGUGGGGGUCUACCCCAGCGCCUGAGCCCCCCCGCCGCCCGAGCAUCCCCCCCCCCGGGCUCCCGGCCUGCCCCCCGAGCUGGCCGGCUGCCUGCUCCGGCCCCAGGCUCUGCCCCCCCGCUGCACGGCGAGAAUAAACGAGUGUGAUGUGAA